UUUGCUGUUUUACGAACAAACUUCAAGAAGUUUUUAUUGUGUAGACAUUCAGAAGUUUGCAUUAGUAUUUUCAAGUCUCUCUGGUAUCAUUAUUAUAUAUCUAUUAAAUAUAUAAUAAAUACUAUCAAGAUAAAUACAAGAUGCCUAAUAUUAAUAUAUGUGUACUUUGUGGGGAAACCAGGAAAUUGUUUGUUCAAAGAGUUUGCCAUAACUGCUACAUGUAUCUAAUUGGUGUAAAAUUUGACAAAUUGAAAAAGUUUAAUAAGACAUCAGAAAAUAAAAUGUCGGUAUUUCUAUUUGAUCGAUUAGUAAGCGAUGACGAUGAUGAAAAUGUCGCACUUGAGCACUUUACUUAUUACGAUGGAACUUGCGCAUCGGUUGCUUCUUCACAUGAUAUUAAGUGCAUGAGAUUAUUAGAUAAUAUACUAGGUAAAAGCGAUCUUUCAAAAUUGGAUAUAAGAUGUGAAGUACUAAAUUUCAUAAUGACUCCUUAUAAAAAAAGUUCAACGCAUAGUUUCGUGCAAAAAAACCCUAUAACAACGUCAAGCAAGUCUGCAUAUGUUCAAAAAAUGUACACUCAAAAAAAGUCUGGCAGAACUUCUAUCAAAAGGUUAUUUGCUUCUACUCCAGUUGCUGAUUCAAUUUGGGUCAAUCAGGCUGUCUUAAGUGGAGAAGCAAACUCAGAUGAUGAAAUCCUUGAUGAGUUAGUUGCUGCAGCAAGGCCACCAUAUAGAAUGGUUUUUGACAGCGACUAUUUCUCAUCUUUAACAGACGAAGAUAAUAAGAAGGUAUUGUUUGACGAUUUGCUGCCAUUAAAUGAAAAAGUCCAAAAUACCGGGAAUUUUAAAAAUAACAAUUUUAAUUAUCCUAAUAAUGUACAACCACUUACGGUUUCCGAAGAACGUACGGCUAUAUGUGACUUAUUCCAGAUUAUUUGGAAUAAUUGUAAUAAGAGAAUUUAAUUUUGACAUACAUUAAUUUUUGUGAAUAUUGAAAUCAUUCCUGUUAUUUUUCUCAA